GGCAGAAGCGAAAUGAGAAUGAGGCAAGAUGGCGGCGAAUUCCAUCGCAAACUUACCUCAGUUUGAUUGUCCGACAUGGGCUUAUUGGGGUGUGGUGGAUGGUUUUGUUUCCAGGGCUGGAAAACCUCCCCCAGGGCUCCAUUUGGACGUGGUGAAAGGGGACAAGCUGGUGGAGAAGCUGAUCAUUGACGAAAAGAAGUACUACCUGUUUGGACGUAACCCGGACAUCUGUGACUUCACCAUCGACCACCAGUCCUGUUCGCGCGUCCAUGCCGCCCUGGUAUACCACAAGCACCUCAAGAGAGUCUUCCUUAUUGACCUCAACAGCACCCAUGGCACAUUUCUGGGGCACAUCCGUCUGGAGCCUCAUAAGCCGCAGCAGGUCCCCAUCGACUCUACGGUGUCAUUCGGUGCAUCCACGCGGGUGUACACCAUCCGGGAGAAACCACAGACUCAGCCUGGCUCCGGCACUGGGGACAGUAAGGCCGGGGAGGACGAGGAUCUCAAAGGGCUCCUCGGACUGCCGGAGGAGGAGACGGAGCUGGAGAACCUGACUGAAUUCAACACAGCCCACAACAAGCGCAUCUCCACCCUGACCAUCGAGGAGGGAAACUUAGACAUCCAGAGGCCCAAGCGCAAGAGGAGAAGCUCCCGGGUCUCAUUCAGCGAGGAGGAUGAGAUUAUUAACCCAGAGGAUGUGGACCCCACUGUGGGACGCUUCCGGAACAUGGUUCAGACGGCGGUGGUUCCAAUCAAGAAGAGGAAGCAGGAUGGCCACUUGGGCCUUGGUGUGGAGGAUGGGACCUCUCGCCGCAUGCCCACCUUCCCCUUCAGCGGCAGCCUGUAUGGAGACUUGCCGCCCGCCAGCCAUGAAGCCAGCAUCCACCCGGCGGGGACCCCGUGCGGCGCCGCCAUCAUGGGAGGGCUGCCGCUGCCCUUUCCCAACCCAGCCCCCGAGGUCGACCUGUCCCCCACCACCGCACAGCCGCCCGUCACCCUCAGCAUCAGGCCUGCCCCUGGCCCUUAUGCCCCCGAGGCUGUCAAUGAGCCGCGCAAGAAGAAGUAUGCCAAGGAGGCGUGGCCUGGGAAGAAGCCCACCCCUUCCUUGCUUAUUUAGCCCUGCCAUGGACCAUGUGGUGCUGGGACUGAUAGCCGUACUGUGCUGGGGUUGAAUGGACAGAGGCCUCGGGGCAAAGCAGGCGCCAAUGGCUGGGACAUUUCCUUAUUUCCAUAUUCCCUGCCACCUGCUUUAUGUUUUUUGUCUUUUUUUUUUUACUUUUACAUUUAAGGAGUCAGGACCAUCAGUCCUGCAUUCUGCUCUGCCCCGCCCUCUCUGGUCAUGUGAUGCGUUACUGGCGAAUCAGAUGGUAACGUGUUGAGACUGCAUGUUCAGGGCGUCCCAGUGUGCUCAGGAGGUAGAGUCACGACUCUCGGGCUCGCAAAUGGCACCGACCUUAGGGCGUGCAGCUCUACUCUGGUGAGUCUGUCACCACUGUUACCUUUUUGUAUCAAUUGUAUUUUAGUAAGAGAGAGAGUCCUACAAGACCUCUAUGAAAAGGAAAAAUAGGCCGGCUCAGCUAUCUGCGUCUCGCAUACUGCGCGAACCUCCCAGAGGGGCAGGGGGCGGAAAUGUGAAUGAAGGGGGGCGGCAGUCUCAGCUGAUGGCCUGGGAGGGGCCAGGUGACAAGGAUGCCAUGCAGCCAUGUGCAUGUGUGUUCAUGUGUGCUGGUUUAUGUACCAGCUGGCUGCCAGGGCUGGGUUUAGACUAGUAGCAUAGAGCCUCUAGCCCAACACCUCUGCACCAUGCUUGGAGAGAUAGUUUGAGGUUGCAGGCUCUGAGUCGCUGCUGUACUUAUUUGUCUUAUUUUCACUCUUUGCCAUUUUUUCAUUCAUGAUAUCUGUGCAGUUUUAUAACGCAUCUUUAAACAAGCCCCUACCAGCAAACUCUACAGUUAAUUAUUAGCAGUGAUUGGCUCUUGCUGAUUCCUUACUGCUUUGCCUGUAAGGGAGUUUGGUAAUCCUGGGUGCGCAUUGCCCACCUUUCAGUGAAUGCUGCCUUUUCAUUGGCUGAAAACCAUGAUUGGCAGCUCAUGGUAACACCCCCCCCCCUGCGUAUUUUUGACCCUUUUAUUAUUUGACUAGCUAGCAUAGUGAAUAUCUUGAGUUGCCGUAGCACCUAUCCACUAGCAGGCUACAUGAAGUCAGCUCCCCAGGGAUGACCGUUGACAGCUGUUGGAUGAUACGGUCUUUCUGUAGGGGGCAAGUUUGUCUCACCGCUACACGCUAACGUGUGCCUGCAUCUGUGUCAGCCUGCCCCAAAGCUAUAGCUGCGUGGCUCUCCAUGAACUCCAGCCAAUGCCGAGAUUUUCCUAAGCUCAGCCCUCUAGGAAACCAGGGUUUGCUUAGUUUGGUGUCUGAGGGAGGAGGGGUAUCCAGAGGGAACUCCUACCUUUAUGACUUUUAUUUGUAGUAUUUUUUUUCCUCCAGCUGUGAAUACAUUUCUCCCCGGUUUGUACAGUUCUGUAAAUUUGUUAGAAGAAUCUUUUAACAGUUCAAACUUUGAAGCCUGUGAGCUGCCCUGUGAGCUGCCCUCUCUACAUUAAACGCCGGCCAGUUUUUUC